CUCAGGGGAGGGGGGAGCGGAACAACGACGCGAGGGCCGCCUCCGCCGCGCCGCGGAGAAGCGACCGUCCGCCCCGCGAGCUUGGGACAACGUGCUGGUAGAUCGUUCCGUCCAACUUGACGCAUAGAUCGCACGAAAACGCUUUGAAGGAAGAAAUCUUGGGUAUAUCCGGGCGACAGUAAGAGAUAGCAAUGGAAAUUAUAGUGCCGUUUCUCCUAGGUUUAUUCACAGUCCCGACCCCCGAAAGGGUUGAUCUCGAGUACACGUACGAGGUGAAGAUAGAUACGUCGUUCGAGAUGUCGAAUUUCAACAAUAAACCUUCUCCUGCGAAAACCACCAAUUUGUUCCUCGACCUCAAGUGCCUGACCAAGCUGGCGGACAGAAUAGUGUGUCGCGUUGGGACCUUGAGGAACUUGUAUCCGAUGCCGGAGCUUGCUCCGGUGUGUGUUCAAGUGGACUCGAGCAAGCUCAUAAGUCCCAAAGACUUGGAUGGCGAUAGCUUUCCUUUCGAGAUCCGAUUCGACGCAAACGGGAUCGUCAGUUACGUCGUCGAGAAGAACGACGAGGUGACAAUAAAGAUGAUGAACGUGUACCGGUGGAUCACGAGUCCGUUGAGCGUCGGCAACUAUAAAAAAGACGCAUGCUGCCCAAUAGAACAAGACCCCGUCGGCUAUUGCAAUGUUACUUACAAUUUAGAACGACGAUCGAUGAAUAUGAGCGGAAAUUUCCAUUUGAUAUCUUUGUCCAAUUUGCAAUUCAGCUCGGACGACGCGGUGGUCAUUACUAAACAGAAAAGAAUCGACACGGAUUGCGUUAUGAUGUCCAACUACGUCUUCUCCAUAAGAUUCUGGCCCGAAUUAAUGUUCAAACACACCGAGUCCUACAGAAUCGUACAAUCGAAUAACGUCAUGACAUUGCAUAAGAAUGGCUUCCAGUCCAAAAUGACAAACAGAGUUGAUUUUUACCAGAAAACGUCGGAGGGAACAGCACUGAUAGGAGUUGCGAAAGAGUCGCUUAGUCUUACGCUAAAGUCGUAUCGGAUAAUAUGCGCAAUUGACAAAUAUUGGAUGAACGAUGAAAAUGCUGUGGAAAUGGUAGUGUCUCCCAAUAACAAUUAUUGACGACCGGUGGUAUCACCCACGCGUAAAUUGUUGCACGGUGUAUACCUUUUUUCUUGCAUCUCCCUCGUUGACUGAACAACAUGUGCGUGAGUUGCACAUCGCGAACGAUGACUGACACCAAAUGACCGAACGACUUUUUUGUCUAUUCAAUUCUGCACAAUGUGGAUCACUGAAUAACAGAUAGCGGAUGUACCAGUCUAUAUAUAUUUUAAUACAUUUUAAUAGACGUAUAAAAUAGUGAAAAACGACAUGUAUACUUUUGUUAUGGCUCUGUUAUUUUACUGUAGUUUUACUUGAUACCUAAUCUCUCACGUUCGUUGUCUCAGACCUAUGAAUAAAUGGAUCUGCGAAAAAAGAAGAGAAAAACAGCAGCUUAUGUCACACGUUCUAUCGCCGCAAUCAUCCGCGUUACCUAAUUUAAUUCACCGCGGACGAGAUCGUUGUGUCCCAUCUUCGUGUUAAUGGCAAAAUUACGCCCCUCGUUCCUCGAGAUAAAUGCCACUUCCAAGGUUCAUUCGGAUAUCAUCCGCUUUUCCACGCGCGUUUUUUUCGAGCGAAUUUUACGAGAAAGCGCUUUUCCCCAUUUCAGCCUUUCGACGUUCAGAGUCGUCUCCUUGCCUCGGUCGAGCCGAUUCGCCGUCUUUUCUUCACGGAGUCGGCGAUAUUCAUCGGAUGUGCUUUCAGUUCGGCAACUCGCGGAGGAAGAAACGCGUUUUCCGGACGUGCGCGUUCGCCACACCAUCGUCUCCGUUUUUGCUUUGCUUGGUCGUGUCGUAAUUAAGCAAAGUACCUGGACCGCCGGUGCGCGUCGCAUUUAUUGGCCUCCAAGGUCAUCGCGAUGACUUGAGCGAUGCGAGCGACGAGAUGCGUUCGGCGAUGCACGUGUGCUCCGUGCUGAGGCGAGAAAUCGGAAUAUCGAUCGCGAUUAGAUUCAUCUUACGCGUGUUUUGAUUUCUAUUAGCAUUGUCUCGUGGAUCUUUUAGGCACGCAAAUUGCCGCAACUGUAAUCAUAAGACGUAAUCUUAAGAUCCACGAGACAAUGUCAGUCAGUCAGUGGAAACCAAAUGGAAGAUCUAUUCAUCUUAAGGUGAAAAGACGAUAAAAAUGAUGAUAAAUUUAGUCCCAAGCGGAUAUAAUUCGAUUUCAACAGACUGAAAUCCUAGUUAUCUCUACGUGAAAUCAAUUUAUCUUUGUUUUCAACGUCUUUUGGAAUGCAUAAACCUAAAGCAAUAUACUGAUUGAUUCUUUCUUCGGCUAAAGUUCACGUCUUAUGAUUACGAUUACUGCAAUUAGUUUUACACGGUUCUUACUCGAAGC